AUUUUUUCUCUGAGCUUGGAUAAUUUUCAUCUCCCUUUUUGUCCAUGCAUAUUUAUGUGCUCUAAAUUUUUGAACUAGAGGGGCGUUGAAAUUCAACUUGCAAGCGCACGAAACAACUAAUGGAUGAAACACAUAAUAAUAUACAAACGAUUAUUGUUUCAGAAUCAUAUUUAGCCAUCCACCAGAAGUGUAUCAUUUGUUUGACAAAGUUCGAGUUAGGGGAUGAAGCAAGUAUGUUGUACUGUAAGCAUAUUUUUCAUAGUAUAUGUAUUGCUUCAUGGUUGAUGAUUAAAAAUAUUUGUCCUAUUUGUCGACGGGAUGUGUGUAUUCCUAUUAAAUCUCUAAUAAGUCUUAGUAUUUAUAAUCAACAACAUGAGCAUGAGAGAAGAGGAAUGUGUUCAAGGUUUAGGCAGCUCAUGGUGAUUGUUUUAUGGCAUUUAGGCACAAGAUUGAGGUUGUGGAUGAACGCUACAUUGUGGGAUUUUAUAUCUUAUUUAUGCUAAUAUUGAACAAUUAAUCCACAUUCAUGGUAUUAGUAACCCUAGUAUUUGAUCUUCUGUUGCUAUCAGUUAAGUUGUUAAUGAUGAACUGUGUACUUGUGUUAUA